UUACAUACCACAUACAUACAUCAUACAUACACUUUUCUGAUAAAGCAAGGCAACCAGGAAAAGUUGAGAUUUGAGUCAUUGACACAUAACGUCACAAAUCAAAUGGAGAGCAGAAAUAUUAUUAGAAGUCAGUUUAAGUUAUUAAAUGGAAAGCAUCCAGUGUAGUAUUGUGUCAUCUCACAACUGUUUGAGAUUUUACUUGUUUUAAGUGGUCAAUCCUUUCCUAUACAUGCUCAUAUUUACACAAUUAAGAGACAAUUAUAUCUAAAAUGUCUGUUGCCGAGUUUUUGAAAGGCCUGCCAUCGCAUGACGAAAAUAACUUUGCAAACUUUCAUACUGACAAUGGAAAUCGAACAUGUGUCAAAAGACCAUCUGUUUAUCUCCCUACAAAGGAUUAUCCUUCAGAGCAAAUUAUAGUUACUGAGAAGACUACUAUUUUGUUGAGAUAUCUUCACCAACAAUGGGAUAAAAAGAAUAUAGAUAGGAAAAGAGAGUUCUUGUCCUCUAACAGUGAGUCUCAGGAUGAUCCAUCUACAGGACGCAGUAAACGACCACGUCUCGAUCUAAAUAAUACUUUGUAAAACAGAGAAGAAUGAGAGCGGCCAGGCCCAUAAGAUUUUUUACUAUCGCUUUUCGUGGACAUGGUUUUAUUCCAUGCUAUGAGAUCACCGACGUGAUGGGAAUACGCACACAAGCGAGAACCGCCGUCCGUGUGCGCUCGUGGAAGGCUAAUAUUACAUUUUUUUGUACGACAACGAUUUUAAUAAGUAUGUUGAUUGGUUAUCAGAUAGAGUUUUAUAAAAAGAACUCUAUUUGAUAGCCAAUCAAUAUAUUUAAAAUCUUUGUCGUACGACAAAUGUAAUACUAGCCGAAGAGUGCAGCAUAGACUGCGUUCCAAUAUUCACUGCCAGUAUUAAAAAUCUAUACUUACGUCACAUCCUGGUAAAAAAUUUUCCAUGUAUA